GUGACACUGACAGUAGUGAGUGUAAUAUCCGAACCUUCCAAAAAUCGAAAAGGUUGUGUUCAGCAGCGGCUGAUAACCAAAAUCACUUCAAAUAUCAGCGACGAUUUUUAAAAAACAAAUUGUGUUUAUCGAUUUCGAUUCGACAAUUGUUCCGUGCUAGUUCACGCAUUAUAUAUCGCAUCGUUGAUUGCGUGUGUAUGCCAAUAUUUACGAAAAGCCUUCGGUCAUAAUUGUAUAUAUCAAUUCACAUACAUAUGCAGUGAUUUUGGUUGGUUGGUACGAAAAAACAACGACAAAGAGGUGUCCCAGACGAUAAACGGUGUGUGUACGCGAAGCGGUCGAAAAGUUCAAGAAACAAAUAGAACGAACAAGAAAAUUAAGUAAUAUUAUUCAUUAUCGAACCAAAUCAAGGUAAAUGAAUGUGGCAACUUGAACAGGUGCACAUUUUCGAAAUGGAAUAAAUGAAUUCGACAAUCGAUACAAGACCAACACACAUACACACACACGCACGAAACCGAGUUCUGACUGAAUAUUGAUGAAAAUUUGAAAACCCCCUUUCAAAAUUGAGAAUAAUUUUUUCCGUCGCUGUCGAAUCGAAUAUCUCGCAUUUGCAUUGAUCGUGUGCGUGUAUGUGUUUUGUGAAUGGAACGCUUUUCACUUUCAUUUCCACUGUCCAUGGCAGUACAUAACCUAAAUCUUUAAACUUAUCCAGAUUGCAGGUCAUGGCGAUUUACGAUUUAAUUGCGGAUAAAUUGUUUCUUCAGCUGCAAAAUGGGAACAAAGUUGCCGAUUUAUCGGGUGAAUUCAAUCAAUUGACAUCGGAUGCGGCACGAGUUGAAUUUGCCGACAAAGUGUGGCACCAGAGUAAAAUCCAGGUCGACGUACCAUUUCGAUUGGCAAAGGAUCCGGAGAAAUGUUUGGACUUUCGAAAGCAGGGCAAUCAAUUUUAUUCACUGAAAAAUCGCGACUACGUUCGGGCAUUGGAGUUGUACAAUCAGAGUAUUUGUUUUGCGGAGCUGGACAGUGAGGACAUGGGAAUCGGAUAUGCGAAUCGUUCGGCCAUUUAUUUGGAAUGGAAAAAGUAUGAUUUGUGUUUAGAGAAUAUUCAAUUGGCCAAGGAACAUGGUUAUCCGGAGCGUUUAAUGGAUAAGCUAAUUAAACGGUCAGCCGAGUGUUAUUCGCAAAAGGCCAAAGAGAAAGCCAAAGCCGGAAAUAAAACGGACGAUGAUAAUGACGACGAAGUGAUUUUAGCGCCGAAACUCAGCUACCCACCCCACCCAAAGGUUCCCUUCAUCGCCGACUGUCUGGAGAUGCGCGAAAGUGAAGAGCUCGGCCGGCACAUCGUCACAAAUCGCGAUCUGAGCGUCGGCAAAGUGAUUGCAAUCGAGGACAGUUUCUGUAGUUGGACAUUGCCAUCGGUUCGAUAUACACGAUGUGCCAAUUGCUUGGAAGAAUGUGACUACAAUUUGAUCCCAUGCGUAUACUGUACCUCAACCAUGUUUUGUAGCAAAGACUGUGCCAGCGAAGCGCACAUGCAUUUUCAUCGUUUUGAGUGUCCCGUCAUCGAUUUCAUGUUCAAAAUGUUAAACAUCAUUCAAUUGAGCGCCGUUCGUGUAUCCAUAUGCGCUCUGACCAGCUAUGACAGUGUCGAUUCACUACUUAAAGUCAUACAUGAUCCAGACUCAGCCAAAGUUAACGCAUUUACAUUGGACUAUCAAAAUGAUAUGCCAAAAUCGGAGCUUUACAAACCAAUUCACACCCUCGAAACCAAUCAAUCGAAAAGAACUACGGCUGAUCUCUUUCAACGUGCCGUCAUCACGGCCGUCAUCUAUCGGGCAUUAAUUCAGCAUUCACCAUUGGCAGAGUUGUUGCAGAGCGACGACCAUCGAAAAUUGCUAAUGGAACUCAUUUUUCGACAUUUGCAAACGGCAUCGACCAAUUUUCAUCGAUUGGAAACACUUGCCAAUGCCAGAGAUCCAAAUGAUUUGGACGACGUUUCAUAUGGAUCAGGCGCAUUUGGCUUCUGCAGUCUCAUUAAUCAUGCUUGCUCACCGAAUAUCGUUCGGCUGCCGAUUGGAACACAAAUUGCCGUGUUUGUGCUGAGGCCGAUAAAAGCUGGAGAGGAAAUUCUAGAUAAUUAUGGAUAUCAUCACAGCCACGAGCCACUGGAGGUGCGCCAAAAGCAACUAUUGCUACAAUAUAAGUUCAAGUGUCAAUGUGAACCAUGCCAAAAAGACUAUGCCGUUUUCCAGAAGCUCACCGAAGCCGAUAUACCCACACUGCUGACCGACGGUGACAUCAAACGUAUUACAGAUCUCGAUAAAGAUUUUGCACGUCAAAAUUUCUCACGGUUUUGCACCUAUCUGUCGAAACACGCUGAACAUUAUCCGUGCACACAGAUCAGCAGCGUCGAAGAAUGCUUGAAGAUGUGCCUGCAAAUUUUAGUUAAUAAUAUACCAUUGAAGCUACAGUACAAAUAAUUGUCAUGUCAACUCGCAAUCAAUCUCUCUGUUUUUUGUUUCUCUUUGAUAAAAUCAAUUCUUUGACUAAGAACUCGUCCAUUUUUUUUCUGCAUCAUUUUUUAACUUGUAUGAUUGUUUGCGACAUUUUAUGUAACAAUCGAACAAAGUAGUUAAAAUAAAGAGAUGGUUUUCAGACAAAUGAAUGAAAAUUGUCGCAAUAA